AUGGCACCAAGUGGUGGCAGCAAGUCCAAAACAUCUGAUCCUAGUUCACCAUUUUACUUGGCUGGAUCUGACAGUCCAGGUCUCUUGUUAACGACUGUCAUGCUGCGUGGUGAGGCCAACUAUGACAACUGGGCCAAGCUCAUGAAAAACGCAUUGAAGGCGAAAAACAAAUUGGGUUUUGUGGCCGGUUCAGUCAAGAAACCAGGAGAGGAUGAUGCCGAAGAGUGGCGCGCCUGGGAGAUGUGCAAUUCGAUGCUCAAUGGUUGGAUUCACAACACCAUUGAUGCAAAACUUCAACCAUUCAUCAAGUGCUUUGAUGACGUCAAGGACUUAUGGAAUGACCUAGAGGAAAGGUAUGCAGUGCAAAACUUUCCAAGACAGUAUCAACUGAAAUCCAGUUUAGCCAAUAUCAAGCAACAUGGAGAUAGCGUUGGUGAUUAUUACACCAAACUCAGGGCUGUAUGGGACGAUCUGGAAGGCAGCAAAACUCGCAAGUCUUGCGAUUGUGGUGAUAAGUGUGCCAUUGCCAAAGCAAUCGAGGAGGAGCAAGAGCAUGAUCGCGUUUAUCAAUUUUUGAUGGGGCUGGAUGAAUCUACAUUUGGCAAUCUGAGAUCCCAUAUCCUCAACACUUCUCCUCUUCCUAGUGUCAACAAAGUGUACGCAAUUGUCACUCAAGAGGAGACCCAUCGUAGUAUUUCUCGCGUUCAAGAUGAGAGGAGACUAAUCACGACCCUUCCAAAUGCUGGAACGUUCAUGGUUUUCCACCAAACGGGAGUGCUGGUCGCGGACGAGGAAGGGGAGGACGUUCGGCAGGACGUUAUACGCAUGCUCAUGCGACGUUUGCAAUGGAUGCCUCACACCCAGUUGCUGCUAACUCUCUUGAACGGUUUUCCACCAAACGGGAGUGCUGGUCGCGGACGAGGAAGGGGAGGACGUUCGGCAGGACGUUAUACGCAUGCUCAUGCGACGUUUGCAAUGGAUGCCUCACACCCAGUUGCUGCUAACUCUCUUCCUCCAGAUGUCUCCCAUUCUGCCUCUUCUCAAGUUGCUGCACACUCCGUUUUAACCCCAGAAAUUGUGAACAAACUGUUAACAUUGGUAGACCAGCCUCAGUCACAUGAAAAAUUAUCUGGUAAGCGUAUUCAUUCUCAAUGGCUCAUUGAUAGUGGGGCCUCACGUCAUAUGACAGGCACUUUGGCUUUAUUAGCUGACAUUACACAUAUUCCCCCUCUAUCUGUGACUCUACCAAAUGGUUCUAUUACUUAUGCUGCAAAACAAGGCUCGAUGGUGUUUAAUACAAACUUCAGCUUGUCAAAUGUUUUAUAUGUGCCUAACUUACGCUGCAAUCUCAUCUCUGUUUCCCAAUUGCUUCACUCCAAGAGCAGUAGCGUUACAUUUACUGAUAAAAAGUGCAUUUUGCAAGACCAAGUGCUGAAGAGGGAGAUUGCUUCGGCAGUUCUAGCAAGAGAGUCAUGCAUCCUAUGA